AUGUGUUGGACCAAGGAUAUGGUUGUCCACGGAGAAUGGGGUACUUGGGGCUCUUGGUCUAGCUGUUCUGCUACGUGCGGUGAAGGAACCCGGAGUCGUUUAAGGCAAUGCGACAAGCCACCGCCAACUUCCGGUGGAAACACGUGCAGUGGCAGCAACACUGAGACCAGCGCAUGCGCCAUGCAGUCGUGCCAGGAAACUUCAUGCCCACCCAGUGGUAACCCAGCUAUACUUACGGCUAUCUACGUACUGGAGCCAUUUCCAGGCGUUAACUACAACAACGGCUUGAAUUGCUUCUGGAUUAUUUUGGCAGAGGAAGAAACGUUGCUCAGUUUUGAAGAGUUCAACUUGGAGCAGGGUUAUGACUUUGUGUACCUGUACGCUGGAAACUCCACAUCUGAUCAACAAAUAGCUAAACGCACCGGCAAUAAUAUUCCACAACCUAUCCUUUUGGAGAAAGGAACCACUACACUGAUGCGAUUCUAUUCGGACGGUUCUAUUGUGAGAAGCGGAUUUAAAGCACGUAUAUUUUCGUGCCCUCCGACUUCGCAGCAGUUCCUGUGUAGAAAUGGCCAGUGCGUCGAUCCAGAUAACAUAUGCGAUGGCAUUCCACAUUGCCCGGACGCUGCAGACGAGGGGGUGCGAGCAGGUUGCGUGUUAAGUGGCUGGAGUCCGUGGACCGAUUGGACAGAUUGCACGAAUCCAUGUUCCCCAGGCAUGAUAACCCGGGCCCGGCGAUGCAACUCUCCUGUGCCGGAGAGUGGAGAGACGGACUGCAAUGGAGGCAACUUCCAGAUACAGGCAUGUGGCGCUGACUGCACAGGCCAACUAUCACCAUGGAGCCAGUGGGGCUCAUGCUCCGUUUCCUGUGGGACAGGCACAAAACAACGGGAGCGGUACUGUUUGGUCCCUGGCACUUGCGCUAAUUCGCCGUUGACAGAAACCUCCACCUGCACUGGCUCACCAAACUGCCCUGAAGCGAACGGUACGGCCUUGUCUGCUCUCCAGCACUAUUUUUCAGGUUGUUUCCCGUUGAUUGCGGCACCAACUAUAAUUCUAAAUGGAGAAAACGAAAAUUUGGAGUUUUCAAGGUAUUGGAAUGACUGGAAUUGUUACUGGAAGGUAGUAGGGCAUGAUAGGGUCAGAGUCGUUGUUGUGGAAAGAAGUAUAGAGGUUUCAUCACCCUGUCAAUAUGACUGGCUUGCCUUUUAUGAUGGAAACAUUGUAGCUGAUGAUUUCAUGAUCGAUUCAAAAGUAUGUGGCAACAGCACAGUUCCUGUGUCCAGGAUAGCCUCCUCCGGCAACGUGACCAUCCACUUUCACUCUGACUACACUGUUGUUGGAGACGGGUUUCGAUUACGUAGGUGA